AUGUCUUUUGAAUCAUCAAAGCCAGAUGACCCACUGAUGAGCGGGAAGGACGGCCUUUUAGAGAAGAUAAACACCAAAUCCAAGAAAUCGUCCUCUAAAUACGCUUUAUUCCUUUCAAAUCUAGAGGGUGAUAUUAAAGUCUUUAUGAAGUAUAAUAGCACCUUCUCCCAUAGUCCAUCACCGGAAAGUGAUGCAGCGUGGGAAUCUCUCUUCCCGAAGGGUAAGGGCUUUUUCAAACAUCCAAUCAUCGCACCUGAAACCUCAGGUCUCACUGUUUUCCACACACUUUACUGCUUGAAUGUGUUGCGACAAGUUUACUAUGCUGCCUUCAAAGUGUCUCUGCUACCCGAUCAUGAAGAGCAUAGUUAUUUGAGUGAUCCUCAUCAUGUCAGAUAUUGUUUCGACUACCUGCAGCAAAAUCUCAUGUGCUCUGCUGACACGAACCUGGAGCUUGUGGAUAGGGAUCUAAAGGGUGUUACCGGUUGGGGCUUCUACCGAACAUGUCGAGAUUAUGAGGGGGUCAAGGCUUGGGCGGAGAAGAAUUGGUCGAAUGAAUUAUGA